AUGGACGCUGCCUGCUUUUCUCUGAGAUCACUCUGUUUGACAGAGGACCAUGCUAAACACUGCGAGUGUAACCAGACGUUAGAGGUGCGUUUGCUAUGUCGAUCCUUCCUUGUUAAGCUGAUAUUCUGCAAAACUUGUAGUGGGCGUGUUGAUAACUGACCUCAACUACUAGACCGUCUUAUUCAUGCCCAGUUUCUAAUAUCCCUCCCACCUUUCGAUACUUUCAGAGUUUUUUGGAAGGACAUCACUUACCAAUGUCCUCUGUACCGGGCGUUGUAGUCGAACCAUCCGCCUAUCACGCGAUGCUUGUGCAGACUUACCUCGAUCCAGAUAAGGAAGUGUGUGGUCUCCUUUUUGGGCAGGUAAUCUGUGGCUCAUAUAUAUCUCACCGCGCAGUUAGAGCCAGGGUCUGUACGCGUCCUCGGUCACCUUCCAUCGGAAGCCACCAACAAAGACCCCACCAGUUGGGCUAAAGCUCUUGAGCUUGGAAAAGUAAGCAGCUUGAAUAACUUACAUAACUGUAUGUACCUCCUUGACCCCUAUAACCUUUGUUGACGUGGGCAGUCAUUGAAGCAUCGCAGUCGUACACUCGCUCUCUUGUUGCUCACUGUAUUGAUUCGUCGUCAUUUCAAAUUCGUUCCUAUUUUACUGCGGAAACCCAGCAUGGGUGAUUUUGAUGGCCAACAACCUCUUACCUCGUUUAAUGUGCUCUGCAUACGUAGGCGGAAACUGAUAUCUACAGUGAGAAACAGAAAACAUGUGGCUGGCGCUUAUUAGUCUUCAAAGACAAUUAACUAUGGUCCAGGAGCUUGGCUCACAAGGAAGUCUUUCCAUGAAGUACAGUAGGUAUGCUAUUUCAUGAAGUCUUGACCGAAAUCCUGGCAUAUGUUUUUGACUCAAAAUGAUUACUUAAGUAGGGUUGUCAUAUUAAUUAUCGUGCAGCAUAAUCCUAAGAUAUUUUAGUCGCGCCAGAAUGCCGGCAUCUGAAUGAGCUUCUUUCCGGCCGUCCACGAAAACUACAUCCUGCAAAAGUGACUACUUAGGCAAUAUGACAUUUUAUAGUUUAUUUUCGAUGCACGUAUAAAUCCUGUUAUAUUUUAUGGAGGAAGUGCAAAAAGUAUUCUCCCCCUUACUCCUUUGGUGGCAAAUUAUGUCCCUUUCGAAUUCUAUGCUCAAGGAGAAAGCAUCAUACGGUUUUUAAAGAUUUUUUCAAUUCCCAAAUACGUUUAUGCCCUACCUGCCGUUACACUUUCAUUCAGGGUUUCCAACCUAAAUGCUAUAAACAUUCCGUCAAAAGAAUAUUAUACAUAUCUCUACAUUGUUUGGAAAGCAUCUUGUAGAAAUCAUAAGAUUACGCAAUCAAUGUGGACCAGGUCGUAUACCUUAUAAGUAGAAUUGUUAAACGUGCUAAUUAUGUGCUAUAUGAUUGGGUAUUUCACGUCUUAAAAUAUCAUAAUUAGAAACGUUUUUAAAACCUAUGGAUGCAUUCUCUUCAAGUAGAAAAUUUGGAAAAGAUGCAGUUCGCUAUCACGUUAGUGCAAGAAGGAAUAUUUUUGUGCAUGCUUUCGAUGUAAUAUAUUUGGAUUCACAAUGACAUCUAAAGUCUGGGCGGAAAAUGCAUACUGCUUAAAUAGUCAGGUUUUGCAAAGUGUAGUUUUUGCAGACGGCUGAAAAGGAGCCCAUUCGAAAAUCAGCAUUCUGGUUUGACUGUGCCGCAUUAUCACAGAUAGCACAACCCUUCCUAAGCUAUCUUUUCGAAUCGAAACAUAUUUUGAAAUUUCCAUCAUCAUCUUCUGGGAUGGCACGUCUAUUGUAUGUAUAUUCGAAGCACUAGGAAGAACUUAGCAGGUAGAGCUGUGGACGUCAGUGCUAUUACCUAUUUACGCUUGGAUGGGCUUGGAUGAGCUAACGUCCAGGGUGGUUUCGUAUCGAGUUCGACGCGGUACGUGAGCUGGCAUUCUGCGUCAACCUGUAAGAGGUCUUCGUUGACCGGCUAUAUUCGCAAUUCGUGAUAUAGCCUCGCGUUGGAUGCGCGAUCUAAGAGGCCAUUUCAAAGACUGGAUUUCUAGCGCCACAGGUUUGACAUUUUAGAUUGGCCCCAUAUUUUAUGCUUGUAUGGCUGUUUCACACCCACAUGCAAGCGUUGUCUUGAAAGGCUUCUCGUGCACUCACGGUUCGGUCGUCUGGCUAACCUCGCUCUCAUUCCAGUAAACGAAUGCGAUGUCGAGCCUGCUUUGGUGGUCAAAUGCUCAAGGGUUUUUGUCAAAAAUGUAACUCGAGAGUGCAUAAACUGUCUUUUGGUUUGACAUUGAUAUCUCCGAAUGUAACGCUUCAAGUAAUCGGCUUGAAGGUCUUUACUUUCAGGCCCACUUCAACUGUCUUUCCGCCUCCAUGAGACGUAACCAGCCGGAUGUCUGCAGAGGAGCGGCCCACUACUGCCACGUUAUUGGCGCAGUCAAACUAACUUAAUCAAGCGUGAAUCACAUCCCAUUGUGACGCCGGGGUCGUUUGCUCACACGUGUGGAGAACCUAAUUGUGGCGUUGACGUGUUUUUUGCUGAAUGACAGGUCAGAUCGACGUCGAAGCUGCCACCAAAGAAACUACCCCACCAUCUUCCCGAACGUUGGUUCUUGUUGUGUGAUUUUAAGCUUGAGUCAGUUGUAGCGCCCUUAGUGGGUUGCUACUGGGCCGACGAACGGAAUCAAGGACAGCUACCCAAUCUGUAGAUAACGGUAAGUUGGUGACAGUAGGAGCCUUAUUCGAGGGUCUCGUUGAUCAAGGAUGUUAGUUAACACAGCCACUCGCAAUCGAAAACCACAUUUAUUCUGGAUCCUACUUUGCGGUACUAGUGGAAGCGCUUCUGGAGAACGCCUGUGAUUGUUUUUGUCCCAGGCCACCAGCUGUCCGCCAGGCUGUUUAGGGCAGGUGUGUGUAUUUGUGAUUAUCAGAUGAUUCACCAUAACAUGGUCGCCAUGCCUCUCGGUAUUGAGGCGAUGGUUUCUCACCACGUAGUUAUUAACAGCUCGCCACAGAGACCCAUCGAAUUCCGUUCUGCUAUUCUAGCUUGUAACUGCAGCAGCUUCACAACUUUGAAGGUUUUGAUUCCGACUUUAAGCUCCUUCCGAUUUUCAGCAUGCCGCUAACCUCCAGAGCCAGGGGAUACAUCGCGGUUGCCAUGAAUUUGAUAAAUAACGGGGAUGCUGAGCCAAGACACCUGUUACUGGAGAAUUCUGGUCAGCCAUUGAGGGAGCCAGUAAUAUCACGGUGGUAGAGAUGACCCCUUUCUGCACCGGCAAUCUUAAUACUGCAUGACAAGCCCGUCUCGCAAACCCAGCUAGCGUAGAGAUUGCUCAAAAGUCGUUAUGGUAGGUUCCGUCCCGCGAGUGCAAGCCAUUUCGCCUCUGCAGCCAGUGCAAUAAUUUGCAUAUUUAUCAUCUGCUCCACUGGGUGUACUCAAAUAAGUUGUCUCUUGUGGAAAACAACAGUAGCCGAUAUGCAACAUGCAGGAGUUUGCAUAGCCAUAGUUGUUCAAUGAUUUUUGACAAGUCCUCCCCCCAUCCUCAAUUCCUGCCUGGCGCAUACUUCAACAGGAAGAGUCUGCCUUGUAGCCCGCUACACUUGCCCUACCAUAUGCCAGACUUCAUGAAAGCUUUCUGGUUCGCCCUCUUUCCUCUGGGCUCGGGAAGGGAAGUCGUGGCUGUGCCUGCGUCCGUAUCUCCAGACACCUUUUGGGACCGCCGAAUGUCUGGUUGAUUAUGAGGAUUUUGCAGCGAAAAUCCCAACCUUACCAUUGCUUACUUUUCUCCCGUAGCCGUGGCCACCCAAUUGUCCAUCUUUACUGUGACUGCAUAAUGUGCGUCAUUUUAUAGCUAGGAGGACUCCCCAUUUUCUACUUCCUCAGUCCCCACCGCUGCGACUGUUACAGCCACUGAAGGCACCCCCCUUCUCUCAUGUUGUAUUCCUUCUCCGUGCUGUAGGAGAUGAUGAACGGCGAGUCAGGGGAGCCUGUACGGCUUGUCGGGUGGUACCAUACCCACAUUGGCAGAGGAUGCGAACCGACGUUGUCAGAUCUCUUCCUGCAGACCAGACUACAAAGCCUGCUGCCCCACUUUGUUGGUCUUGUUCUCACUGCAGAAGGGACAUCGGUCAGUCAACCAGUACGUCCAGACUAUUGGCCCUGCCUUUCCACCGCUAAACUCUUGUUUCGUGGCCUUUUUAGUAGUUGUUUUGCAGUCCUUUAUAAUGGUCCGUUGCCAUAUACAUUUGGUGGGUGGCUGGCGUGACCACGAAGUAGUUGUGCCCUCGGGCCAGUUUCAGUUGUGCAAAUGCGUCCGCUUUGUUGACGCCCCAUUCCUAAGAAAGUAACUCCACAACCUGGAUUCCCUAUGUCACUGGAGCUACCAGCUGGCCGGCGAGGCUCUUAGUUGAUGGUCAUAAUGAGACGACGCAGUUGACAAGCGCCAGAGCUUUCUACCCCAUCGACUCGCAGUUUUACAAGCCAGUCUUCUAGUUAAGAGGUGGGAAGAUUGGCAACCGGCCCUUCUGUCACCUACUGGGUUUUUAUUAGGGUAUUGUAACCCGGGGGUAGGAAUUUGCCGUUUUCGGAAAUUUCGACCAGAACAUUCAUGCACACUUUAACCGAACCUGGAAAGAUUUUCCCUGGGGGGACUUUUUACUCCAAGUCAGCACAUUGAUUUCUGCAAUUAAAAGGCUGAAAUUUCGAAACAGAAGUAUAUACCAGCUGGCACAUGGUGAAGGAUGGGAAACCCACAGAUGCGCCGAACCGCCCGGAUGUGUACCACGAAGCUGCAUUAUAUCGGUGACGCACGUGUCUCAGCUUUCCGCUGGCAUCUGUGCUGUCCAUGCGAUUAGUCAUGCAAUGCUUGUAUAUUACUGACCGCGUGUCGGCAGUUUAUGCAUAUUACACGGUUAUCCCUCUGACGCCAUCACAUUUACAACCCCACAUGAGUAAUAUUUUCUACUCGAAAGCAAGCCUCAGAACUUCGGUUAACACUUCUUGAGUUACGGCAACUACUGUACUUGCAGUCCUUUCUGUCUGCAUCCGACAAUCAUCGCUGUCGGUGGUGGUAAUGUAGGUUGAUUUCCAACGGGCUGAUGGGGUCCAGAGGCAGGGUCGUGGUAGACAAUGAGGUCACCGAAGUGAUAGGAGGAAACAGCAUCCAUGGCCCCAGUCUCUACGGAUACUGUAUGUAUAGGUAAUCGGGCGCAGUCUGUUGUCAGUUUAUUGGGCUGUAUUUUUAGUAGGACGGUGGACCUCGUCGAUUAGUAAUUCCCCGGCAGUGAAUAGUGCUUCCUCAUGUAUGCACAGGGCAUGAACAAUUGUCGGCCGUUGUGAAAGCGUCCCUCGUCGUUUUAGCUGCGACAGAUGUCGACGUGCAUGGGUGAAGCUGUUCGUACCUCUUUUCGCCUCCCCUCGACUUCAAUCGCAAGUGCACUGGUCAAAUAAACGGUAGGGAUUACUGCCGGAAGUUUCGUUCAGCUAGUCAAUCACGCCGGUGAUUAUCUGCAUUCCCGAGUUCUACAGACUCAUUCCGAGUCCGCGGCUGUCUGCUUGGCUAAUUAUAUGGAGGAGAAGGUUGAGUUUUGAAGGAAACUUUUGUUGUUGAAUAUUAUCCUUCUUCUUUCGUGGUAGACUGCCGUAACGCCGACCAAACCAUCGUCCUACAGUCUAUUGGAGAUAUUCGUGCCGUUGGCUCCUUAUGUGGCAAUCGUUGUAAAAGGCAAUUCUAGAGUUUAGGUAGCUUUUAAGUCGAUUGCUCACCCAUAUGCGAGUGAUGCCGAUGGUUCUGACACACCGCAUGACGUUUCUUGAAUUACCCCUCUCAGCUCUACCGGUCCCCAGGAAGUCCAACUAACGCGUGCGGACUGCAACACUCCGGUCGGUCAAAAACCCUGCUAAUCCUUUGUACGCCAGGUACCCGUUGCAUGAAGCGGCUUGCUGUAGGGACUUUUUGUGUUUUCUCUAUCCAAAGGGACGUCUCCACCAACACCUCUGAUGCACUUCGUCGAUGUUUCGCGGUUGCGCAGACUAAGCACCGAUUGAACGUGGACUCUCUUGUCCUUUAGCAUUCGUUUAAAUCAAGUUGAUCUAAGGUCGGUAUGUUGUGCACAGCCCCAUAUGCCUCGGGUGAAUAUCUGCUACUCGUCCGAACUAUCGGCACAAAGUGGCUGUGACCUAGUUAAAAUUCAGUCCUUAAUUGGACAGUGGUGUUGGGUCAGGUAGCGGGGCAGAGACAAAACAGGGGAACAGGUAGCCUUGCGCUAAGUCUCAUGAAGGGUGCCUGUUCUCAUGCUAUAGCCUUAAUACCAGUCCUAACACUUGUCUCUUUGGAAUUUGGCGCAAGGCCACCUGUACCACAGUAAAAAGCUUCUUAUUUCCACUACCUACCCCGGCAAAUAUAAGUUAUCAUUUCUGUUGAAACGGGGGGAGGUGAAGGGCAUUUUUGAAUGACCAGCAUGUCUCAUCGUUUUGGCAUGACAGAGGUAAGUCGAGCUUCAGGUGUCCCGUCGACUGUGAGGUAUUAGACUCUGUGGGGGGGGGGAGAGGGGGAGGGCUGCUGCGGCCACCAUCCCUUAUAACUCUAUUCUGUUGCUUCUUACCUGUUUCGUCUUGCCUCAUUUUUGCCUCCUCGCCCAAAUGCAGACCCGAAAGAUCCAACUGAGCGCUUUCAUGGCGUCUAACCGUCGACAAGCUAUCACCUUAAACGUCCAAAUCAGACCCGCUAUGAAGGCUUCGACUGCUCUUCGUCACCGUCUGGCCACUUCCUCUCUUAUGGAGAUUAUGCGCCUCUCCUCCUCUGUCCCGUCAGAGCGACUGAGCCAAUUGUGCCAGGAUGCCAGAAUAGUCUCCAUUAACCUUGUCAUCGGCAAGUUGCCUUCCUGCUCCCCUCUUAAAUGCCUUCCUCUUUUUUUGCCUUUUUCAUCGCGCGCCUCAGGGUGUUGUGGUUGAACGGCCAUUGAGACACGAACGGUAGUUUGUAACAACGGUUUUGUUUUAUAGGUAUUCACAGAUAUUUUGGCAGAUUUUGAAUAAUUCAUAUUGACCCAACUGUGAAAAACUCGGCGCCUCGGUGGGAUUCGAACCCACGCAGUAAGGAGAAGGUUUUAGUACAGCCAACGCUCUAACCACUUGAGUUGCGAGGCCCCGCCGGACGACUCGAGUUUAAUCACAUUUGGGUCAAGUUUACCCGCCCAACCUACUGCAACGCCUGGAAUCCACCAAAUCUGAUACAGUAAGUUGACUACCCAAGCAGGAUUUCCUAAGUAAUUCACCUAGAAUUCACCAGAUGACUACCAGGCUCACGUAAUUCAUAGGUCUUAUUUUAGUCCAUGUCCUGAAAAUCUUAAACGUGCGCCAAGAGCUGAAAUCCACAUUUUAAUAUAAACCACAGCAGGCUUGUUGAUUCCCUGUAAAGGUCCCCCACUAAGCCAACGGUCUCGUAAACACCACUUGAGAAACCCAGACGACAACAGAUAGCCAUGUUCAAUAGGUGGCUUCUGUUCAGCUUUCAUCGGGCAGAAGCAUACAGGAAGGUUUAAUUCGUAAUGUACGUAUCACAAAAGCCUGAUAAGUAGUUAGAGGCAAGAUUGGUGGACUAUCUGCUGCACAGGAGAGUCUACUCUCCAAAUUACUUCAACAAAUACUAUGCACAACAAAAUCUUGUAGCUGUUUUCUUGCGUGGAGACGAACAUUGGAAAACAAAACAGCGCCACUCACGGAGACAGCUGCUUGCUCAGUACUUUUUCUUAACGUAGUACAGACGGACGGUCGCCGGCAGGUUGAUUGCAGUUCGAGCAAUGUAAAAGUUUUAAGAACUCUUUCUGACUUGAAGCACAUAGCGCACUGAAUAUGGAAGAGCACUUUCUCAAGUAGAUUUUCGACGCUUACCUUACUUAUUUUUUGACUUCCCAAUCUGUGUCUACUAGUUUUAGGUGAGCCGGCGUUGGGAAAGUACACGUAAAUACAGCCAUUAGCCGAUUCUCGUUUCCACUGUCUGCCUCAACUUAUGAAUUUGACGGAGUGCACAAGUCCAUCUGACUUAAUUGUGGAAAACUCGGCAACCCCGGUCGCAUGGUUACAUUUAGCUAGAUGCACAUUAGACUAGUUUACCUCAUUGGCUUCUCAUCCAGGGGUUUCCCGUGCAGUGGCGACUGUGGUCAUUGUCCAGUCGUCGACCGAUAGCAAUAGAGAUUAUCCAGAAUUUAUACGAAUUACCAUACCCCUGGUUUUGCUUUCCAUCUGUAGAUGAAUGCCGGAGGUGGAACGCCUCGGUCAGCGGUGCUAUCGUUGAGAAUGUCGACUUUGUCAAGCAGGCCUUCGACCUUGGACUCGUCUAG